CAGAUUGCCAUCACCAUCGUCGACGACUCCACCUUGCAUGGCGAGAAAGAAGAGUGCUCGUGCACAACCCGUUUCGGAGGAGGAAGGAUCUGAUGGAGAUGUCGAGGAGUCCGGAGAUGAGAGCUCUGGGACGCGUGCCGUCUGGACUGAUCCCAUGACGGAGAUGCUUCUUGAUAGGCUGAUUGAAGAAAAGGCAAAGUCUGGCAACGGCGGCAAUUUCACGCCCACCACAUACAGAGUGGUCGCAACUGACGUCGACAAGCAUCGCGUCUCCGGGGCUGUAAUCAACGGGGCAAGUGUGAUUAUCCAGCUUCGGUCGACCCACAGCAUCAUAAAUAAGAUUCGCGACAUGUCCGGCUUCAAGAAGUUCACAUUGGAGCACGGUGCCGGAGUCGACGACAGCACAAAGGAUGUGUGGGACAAAUUUGUGCUCAAGUAUCCGGCAGCCGCAACGUUCCGGAGCACCGGCUGGCAGUGGUUGGAACAGAUGGACAAGCUGAAGAGUAAGAAGAGCGGUGGUGGCCAUGCGUGCUACCGGGCCAGUCCUGCAAGUGCCGUCCCGUUGAAUGCUCCUGCUGCUGCGGAAGCAACCAACGGUCCGGCCGUUUGCCGUCCAGAGAGCCCUACUUGGGAUAUCGAAAACCCCAGUGGCACCCUCCCGGACGAAGAUACUGCGUAUAAGACUCUGGCUCCACCUUCGACUCCGGCUGGCCCACUCUUGUCGGCUCUGGCUGCUCCAGCUUCGACUCCUAUCAACAGUGGUCACAAGCGUGCCCUGAGCGAGACACCGGAGUCGGCUGAACCUGCAAAGCACUUCAUCAGCAUCUUCGGGGAUGUUCGCGACAUCAUGGCUGGAGGUCAGCCGGGUGGCAGCUCUCAGAAUCAGCCCUCUCCUCAGCGUCGCAGAGGUGCGAUUCAACGUGCUCAGCAGCUCGAGACGGAUCUAGAUGACGAUGACAUGGUCAUUCUCAUCGAGAUUCUGGGUGAUGUCAACAAAGCUGACACCUACAGCGUUUUGACAAAUCCUGCUGUCCGCAUUCGAUGGGUUCAAAAGCAGAUCACUGACUAUCAGAGGAUGCAUGCUGGAGGAGCUGGGAAUUUGUUUGGAAAUGCGAGCAGUGGAUUUAAUACUGGUUUUGGAUUCAAUGGUGUUUCUGGAGGGUUCUGA